CACAAUUGUUCGCUAAUCAUUUGCCGAGAAAACAUAUUUGGGUUAGCAUGGAAGACCUACAUAUUGAAAUUGUUGACAAAAAUGUUAAGAAGCUAUAUGGAAAAACUGCGUUCAUUACAGGCGGAGCGCAAGGUAUCGGUCGAGAAAUUGCUCUUAGACUGGCGAGGGAUGGUGCGAAUGUUGUAAUUGCGGCAAAAACCGAUAAACCACAGAUUCAUACGACCGUUUAUGAUGUUGAAUUUGCUGGAGGAAGAGGUCUUGCUGUUGUAAUGGACAUACGUCAUGAGGAUCAAGUGAUACGUGCUGUAAAUAUGGCAGUGAAGAAAUUUGGAGGAAUCGAUAUAUUAGUCAAUAACGCUUCGGCAAUUUCAUUAACGGAUACUCAAGACUCAGAUAUGAAGGAUUACGAUUUAAUUAAUGAUGUCAACGCACGGGGAACGUUCCUUGUAACAAAAACUUGCCUUCCAUAUCUGAAAAAGAGCGCUAGCCCCCAUGUACUUUGUAUUGCACCACCUAUAAAUUUAAAAACAGGUUGGUUCAUUGGGCGAGUCGGAUAUGCCAUAGCUAAGUAUGGUAUGUCAAUGUGUGUGAUUGGAAUGGCAGAGGAGUUCCGCGGUUACCGUAUUUCAGUGAAUGCGCUGUGGCCGCGUUUCGUUAUCGAAAAUGACCAAGGUGCAGCGAACAUUGCGAAACAAGUGUGUCGUAAGGCUACCAUAAUGGGAGACGCCGCCUACGCCAUAUUUACAAGGGAACCCAGACCGAUCGGUGAAUUUUUCCUUGACGAUCAAGCGUUAACACAAACCGGCGUAACAAACCUAGAAAGCUAUUGCGUAGAUCCAAGUUACGUCAACAUGUUGGUACUUAACGCGUUUGUAGACGACAGUGGCACAAUCGUGCAAAAAAUCGUUCAAAAGGCAACCCUCGACGUCGAUAAAUCCCAAACGACUGUGCAAAUGGGUAAAAUUAUAGAAAAAUUUGAAUCCUUGUUCGACGAAGACUUGGUGAAGAAGACAAAGCGAAUCUUUCAGAUUGAAAUUACCGGCGAUGAUCCACAAAAAGCAUACAUUGAUCUGAAAAAUGGCAAAGGCGCAUUUAGAGUGGGCGAAUCGCCAGAGAAGGCAGACAUUCAUCUAUCAAUGGCACCAGAUAUCUUCCAUAAUUCGUUCGUAUUAGGCAUUAAACCAUCAUUCGCCUACAUGAACGGUUUCCUCAAGGUACAGGGCGACAAAACUGCUCUACGAUUGCUAGAUAAUGUGGUUCGUAAGUCUGUCGCAAAAUUAUGAGUGCGUAUUCUCAGUUCCCACCAAAUUCGCACAUUACUGCGAUAAUAUCUGAGAGGUUUAUAAUUUUUAUAAUGUAUUAGGUGGCAUGUUCCGUAAUAAAGUACUGCAACACAUUAUAUCUAA